AUGACGACUGUCUGUACGACCCCCAGCUCGCCUCCUGACCUUUCUGGAUCAAAGUCUUCCAAGACUUCCACCUCCCAACCAUCUUCGGAUGAAGGAAUCUUUCCCGAUGUUGGUAAUUUCGAGGAGAUCGGUCUCGAAGACGACGCUGAUGUCCCUUCCAACGUGAAGAACACCGAUGCCGCCCCGUAUGGCAGAGCCACGGGCCUCCCCAGAUCUUCGACCGCCAGGCUGCAUGGCAAGACCAUGAUGACGGCGACUGCUGCGGUCCCUCGUGAUUUGACAUCGCUUCACAGCAGUAACAAGCGGACCCCUUACCCACAGGGCCAGGUCAAUGGCGUCUUGGCCCAAGCUUCACGCAGUACCCCGAAACUGAAAGGGGUAAGUAGCAAUUCUCGAGAUGCGGCUGUCCAUUCCACUACCGCUAUGUCUAUCCCUUCCCGAGAAGGCCGUCGGUCGCGUUCGACAUCACCGGUGCCACCCACCUCGAAACUCCGUCCCACCCUGUCCGCCACCAACCUUGCUCUAUCCCCUACUGUCGGACGUGCAGAACCCUGGCAGUUUCGCCGCAAAUCUGUCAAGGACCUCGAGGAUGAGUACCACGAUUCGGAUGAGGAACUGCCCGAGGAUACUAGUUUGUGGAAUGUGCCUAUUUCACCACGCCCUCCGCAGGAGCGUAUUGCCUCCCGUUCUGCAAGCCCCGACGGACGUAACGCUGGACCCCGCCCUCUGCCCUUGGAGCACUCGGUAUCGGAACUAUCUUUGGCUUCAUCCCCUGGAAAGUCAUCCAGCUCAUCUUCACGGUCACGUAAUGGGAGAGCACCGCGGUCAAAUUCAGCAGGUCCUGAACGGGGCCAAAUUUCCCCGCGCAUUCGAAACCCGCGCACAAUUUCCUACAAUAACAUGCUAUCCGAUUUGUCUGAGGAAGCCAGGAUCAUCACAGAGGCGCUCGAGUAUCAUGCAACACAGAGUGGAUGGCAAGCGGAGGAAACCGGCAGCUCAGGCGACGAGCUGAAACGAGCAUUGCGUGGCACUAUCGUUGAACUACCCCCAUUGCAGAAGUCCAAUAUUAUGAUUGACCCUUUGCCCAUCAGCAAGGAGAAGGAAAAGGUCCUGACCAGAACGCGCCCCAGCUGGCUUCCUCCCAAGGACCAAAAGGAGGAGAAGCGACACUUGAAAGAAUAUAAGAAGAUGAUGGCCCAGUCUCGUGAAAUAGAAAAGCGCAAGGCCGCCAAAGCCGCUUCCGCUAAAUGCGAGAAGGACGAUACACGCGACGCGCUUAAACGUGUCUGGGAUGAGUAUGUGAAUCCAAACUGGGAUCGUGCCGUGACGGAAGCCCGAACUCGGGAGCUCUGGUGGCGUGGAGUUCCACCCCAGAGCAGGGGCACUAUCUGGGGGCGGGCCAUCGGCAACGAGCUCGCUUUGUCCGAAGAUACAUACACCAAGGCUUUGAAAAGGGCCAAGGAGGUUCGAUCCAAUUCUGAGGGGGAUUCAGAAAACACCCCGAGAAUAGGAGAGUGGUUCGCAGCGAUUCAUGAGGAUGCGUCGAAGGCAUUCCCCGAAUUGCGUCUUUUCCAGGAAGGUGGCCCGUUACGGGAGACACUGAUCGAUGUGCUGGAAGCUUAUUCCAUGUAUCGAAGCGAUGUGGGAUAUAUCUACGGCCUUCACACCAUCGCUGCUCUCCUCGUCCUGCAAUUUCCCACACCUGCCUCUGCCUUUAUUGCGAUGGCGAACGCACUUAACCGACCGCUUCCCGUUGCCUUUCUCACCCUGGAUCGAGGCGCCGUCAGCCGUACUUAUUCCCUUGCGUCUGCGACACUGCGAUAUAAGUUUCCUCUCUUGGCUACACAUCUUUACGAAACUCUCCGCCUCACGGACGAAGACAUCUGGGAGCCAAUGUUUCGUUCCCUUCUCACAAACGGGCUCGAUCUAGAGCGUGUCUGUCGCGUCUGGGACUGCUGGGUCUUCGAAGGGGACAGGAUGAUUAUUCGGUCCGCCGUCGCAGUUAUGGGUUGCCUGCAGUCACAACUCUUUGUAUUCAACAAGCCCGAUGACCAUAGCCGUAUGGCUGUUAUGAACAUUCUCGGCUGGGGCCCGCGCCACCUGGGAGCCAAGCCCAGAGACCGGCACAGUGCUCCUGCAGCGACCGGGUUUGGCGGUGGGCAGUUUUCCAAUGCCGGCGUUGGUGACUAUUGGAUCUUGACAGCCGCUGGUAAUGAAGACGGCUUCAUAAAUGAGGUUAGAGAAGCGGGCAAAGUGCACGGUUAG